AUGGCCAUCUUCGGUUCCAGCUCCGGCUCGUCUGGCAACGUCGACGAGAUCAAAUCCACCAUCAUUAAGCAACUGCAACAAGAAGCCGCCGUGAACAACGCCCGGCAAUUGAUCGGAAAAGUCAACGAACACUGCUUCGACAAGUGCAUCCCCUCGCCAGGUUCGACCCUUUCGUCAUCCGAAGAAGGCUGUCUCUCGACAUGCAUGGAGAAGUACAUUUCGCUGUGGAACGUUGCUAGCAAGAGCUACAUUGCGCGGGUCGGAAAGGAGAGCAAGAAGUAUGGGUCGCAGGAGACUAUUGCUAUGAAUUCGUUGGCUACUGGUGGGGAUUAA